AUGAUUUCUCUGCUUCCUACGUUGGUGAAGCUGUUAAUGGGGUUUCUGUGUGUUGUAUUCUAUGUCAAUCAUGGAGACAGCUCAUACCCAAGUCCAAGUACUCAUGACCCAAUAAGGCGCAUGGCUUUGAUGAAGGCUUCAUUACAGACCCUCCGCACCGUUGCCGCCUCAACACCUCAAGGAUCAUCAUCAUCAUCAUCACGUGUUCAUCAUGCGACUGAGUACGGUGCUGACCCGACCGGAAUAUCCGACAGCACCGAAGCACUCCAGCAAGCUAUUUCUGAUGCCUUCAUAUCUCGUAUUGAAGGGACACACUUGAUGGAGGGUAUUGCCGAUCUUGGAGGCACUCAGCUUCAUCUUGAUGGAGGGACAUACAAGAUCAGCCGUCCGUUGCGUUUACCAGAUACCACCGGCGCCGGAAACUUUAUGCUACAUGGUGGUUCACUUCUUGCUUCCCACGAUUUUCCGACCGAUCGCCAUAUGAUCGAGUUGUGGUCAAAGUCAAACUCUUUCAUGUAUGAGGACAUUACGCUCAAGGACCUUAUGAUAAACUCAAAUUUCAGAGGUGGUGGAAUUGCGGUGAUUAAUUCACUAAGGACUACCAUAGACAAUUGUUACAUUUCACGUUUCACUAGCAAUGGCAUACUAAUCCAGGGUGGCCAUGAAACAUUUGUUACAAACUCCUUCAUCGGCCAACACAUCAACGUCGGGGGCGACCAUCGUGAAAAGAACUUUUCCGGCAUUGGAAUUAACAUAAACGGCAACGACAAUUCCGUUUCCGAUGUGGUCAUUUUCUCAGCAGCGGUCGGCAUAAUGGUACAAGGACAAGCCAACAUUUUCACCGGGGUACAUUGUUAUAACAAAGCCACUGGAUGGGGAGGGAUUGGAAUUCAUAUCCGGUCACCGGGGCUAACCCAAACCCGGAUUCUGAAUUCUUAUUUUGAUUUCACGGGGAUUGUGGCCGAGGACCCUGUGCAACUCCAUAUAUCCGGGUCAUUUUUCUUAGGCAAUGCCUUUGUUAUGAUCAAAUCCUUGAAGGGUGUGAUGUCGGGGCUAACCAUCGUCGACAAUAUGUUCUCAGGUGACUAUACAGGUGUUCAAAUAGUCCAAUUUGAUCAAUCAAAUGGACAUUAUUUCACUACUAUUGAUCAAGUUGUGGUAGAUCGAAACGUAGUACGUGGUAUGAUCCUUAAAACGACGGUGGCUAAAGGGUCAAAGUGGAGUAACGGGACAAAGUGGACAGUCGAUUUCUCAAAGGUCCUCCUCUUCCCUGACCUGAUACAAAAUGUGCAAUACACAUUGCAGGCAGCAGGUUCAUCUUUUCCUAACCAUAUUCUACGGAAUGUGAGUCACAACUGUGUCACAGUAGAAUCAGACGUGCCCGUAUCAGCUACACUGCAUGUAUUAGUGGAUCAAAGCAUGCUUGGCUAUGUAUAA